AUGGAUUAUGUUGAAGAGGUGUUCCAAACCACACGAAGAGGCAUAGAAGAGGGAACACUGGAUGAUUUCCGAAGGGAGCUUACAGACAUGACGCCAGAUUUCAUGAACAGAAUGCUAGAAAGACAGCCAAGAGAGGAAGCCAUAAUGAAGCGUGAUCAGCRAAAAUCAAUGACKGUCCAAGAUSUUCCACCAACUACACAACAGAUUACUAAAGUUUUGACAAAAUUAUCUAAGGAAAGUGGCGGUGAGGUAUUGACACCAUGGAUAAAACCUUGUAGUAACCACCUUUACUGGAGUGCUUGCUCUACACAUGAUGGCAAUGGCGAAGUUAUGUGGGCAAAAUUCAAGAGCUAUCUUGAUCACAUUGUUAACAAACAUGAAGGUCUAGAUAACCCAUUAUUUGACAGGUGUCAUCAUGGAAGGGAUAUUCCACACAGAGAGUGGUUGACGAGAGAUUUAGUGGUGUAUGAGAAGCUGGUAAAAGAACUGACCAAGACAAAUCUAGAGAAGGCAAUCAAGAAGGCAUCUCCCAUUGCUCAAACUAGCUGCCUAGAGGGGUUUCACUCCGUGGUCAACCAGUUUGCGCCAAAAAUGAUUGCUUACUCCUAUGCUGGGAUGUAUUGCAGGCAUGUAUUAGCAGUUCUUCACUUCAAUUCCAACCUUCAGAGGGAGGUCAGACAACUUGAUGGUGGUCAAAAGCAAGUAAAAGUCAUAUGGCCAAAAUUUAAGAACGGGGAAGCCACAGUGCGAGAUGUACGAAUUGAGCCAAAUUUUGAUUAUGUUGAAGAGGUGUUCCAAACCACACGAAGAGGCAUAGAAGAGGGAACACUGGAUGAUUUCCGAAGGGAGCUUACAGACAUGACGCCAGAUUUCAUGAACAGAAUGCUAGAAAGACAGCCAAGAGAGGAAGCCAUAAUGAAGCGUGAUCAGCGAAAAUCAAUGACUGUCCAAGAUGUUCCACCAACUACA